GCUCCCUCUGGUUCUCCUGCUGCUCCCUCUGGUUCUCCUGCUGCUCCUUCUGGUUCUCCUGCUGCUGCUCCCUCUGGUUCUCCUGCUGCUGCUCCCUCUGGUUCUCCUGCUGCUCCCUCUGGUUCUCCUGCUGCUCCUUCUGGUUCUCCUGCUGCUGCUCCCUCUGGUUCUCCUGCUGCUCCCUCUGGUUCUCCUGCUGCUCCUUCUGGUUCUAGCAAAAAUAUUGAGUCUUUUUUUUAGGGAUUUUGUUCAACUCUGUUGGUUCCUUUGCUGAUUGUCCCUCUGGUUCUCCUCCCGGUUUCACACUGUUGGUUCUUCUGGUUCUCCUCCCGGUUUCACUCGGUUGGUUCUCCUGCUGGUUCUCCUCAACGCUGAACUCUGUUGGUUCUCCUCCAGGUUUUAUUUGGUUGGUUGUUCUUUUGGUUCUUCCACUGGUUCUCCAGGUUCUACUCUGUUGGUUCUUCUUGGUUCUCCUCCUGGUCUCACAUUGUUGGUUCUGAUGCUCGUGGUUCUACUGGUCCACUCUGCAGCCAUGCUGGGAAGAACAGGAACCUUCAGUGGACGUUGCAGGUUUGAGCUCCAGCAGUCCCGUCACUCCUUGUCCUCGGCUCCCCCCGAGCUCCUCAGGCGCCAUUACCCAGCAUGCAACGAGAGCAGGAUGUACAGGACGGGGAAGGAGGUGGAGCCAAUGAACGCAGCUCAGAUCAACCGCAUCUUAAAGGCCAACGAAUAUAGCCACACCCUGCCCAGAGGCCCCUCCUCCCAUGGUGUCCUUGGUUUCCAUAGCAACAUGCUGCCAUCUAACCAUCCCAGCGAGGACCGGCGGAGCAGCGCCACCUGCCUGCCGGGCCGCGGCGGCGUGCUGUUCGGCGUGUUCGACGGCCACGCCGGCACGUCCUGCGCCCGCGCCGUCAGCCAGAGGCUCUUCUACUACAUCGCCGUGGCAACCCUACCGUUGAGGACGCUGGCGGAGAUCGAACGCGCGGUGGAGGAGGAGCGGGCCGUACCACCGCUGCUGGAGUGGCACAAACACCCUCAAGACCACAACGGCACCGGAGGAGGAGCGACCUCCUUCCGCAGCCUCCGGAACUACUGGCAGGAGAGACUGCAGGGUGAAGAGGAGGAAGAAGAGGAGGAGGAGGACGGCUGCAGGGUGACAUCAGCACUGGUCGGCGCUUUUCGUCGCCUGGACUACGACCUGUCCGUGGAGGCCCAGGUCCACCUGUCCAUGUGUUCCUCCAGACGUCCGUCUCUCCCCGGGGAGACGUCGUCUCCGUCCUCCCCCCCCUCCCCCCUCCGGGUGGCGCUGUCCGGCUGCACGGCUUGCGUGGCCCACGUGUCCAAGGGCGUCUUGCACGUGGCCAACCUGGGCGACAGCCGGGCCGUCCUGGGCGUCAAGGAGCCCAACGGGAGCUGGUCGGCGGUCAGCCUCACCAACGACCACAACGCGCAGAACCCGGACGAGCUGCAAAGGAUUCUGGGGGAACACCCGCCGUCGGAGAGGAGGACGGUGGUCCGCCAUGACCGCCUGCUGGGCCUGCUGCUGCCCUUCAGGGCGUUCGGCGACGUCCGUUUCAAAUGGGGCGCGGAGAUGCUCUCCCGCGUCUACGAGACGCGCCCGGACGUCCUGUCGGCGGUCGGCGAGGCGUUCCGGACGCAGCCGCCGCACUACCUGACCCCGCCUUACCUGAGCGCCCAGCCAGAGGUCACGCUGCACCGCAUCAGACCGGCGGACAAGUUUCUGGUCCUGGCGACGGACGGACUCUGGGAGCUGAUGCACCGACAGACCGUCAUCCAGCUGGUGGGGGAACUGUUGACAGGCCUUCAGCAGCAAAGACCCAUAAUCCCCGGCGCGGGCAUGACGCUGGGCAGCCUGCAGCGCCUCCUGCUGGAGCGGAGGGACCGGGUCCUGUCGGUGCUGGAGGACCAGAACGGCGCCACCCACCUGCUCCGCCACGCGCUGGGGGACGACGGGUACGGGGCGGUGGCGCCGAACCGCCUGGCCAAGAUGCUGAGUCUGCCCCGGGAGCUGGCCAGGAGGUACCGCGAUGACGUCACCAUCACCGUCAUACACCUGAACGAGCCCGAAGUGGUAACUUGAGGUUUUGUUACACGAUCAUGUUUGUUUUUUAUUGACUUUAAUGAUAUUGAGCUAAAUUAAGUCAAAUUUCAGGUGCUUAAACUUUCCAUUUUAUUUGACCUCAGACCCUCUGUCACGUGUCUGAUUUGACCAAUCAGGUUGAAGCUUUAUGGGAGUUUCCAACAUUAUGAUAAAGUUGUAAAAUAACAGAGAACAGGAUUUGUAUGCAUUAAAUACAAAUUUAAAACACCUUUCAAGACCGGUAAUGCUCCACAAUGUAACUCUAAAUGUAGAGUAGGUUUACUUAAGGUGGUAUUGGUGAGAUCAGAGUACUUCUUCCAUCUCUGGUAAAUGUCUCCAAGUGACCGUGACACAAUUCAAACUGGAUUAAUGCCUUUAUUACAUUUAUUCAUCUCGUCUACAUUUAUUUAUAUUCCGUUUGUAUAUUUGGUAUUUAAUAAACAAGAUUCUGAUAACUA